UGUUACACUCACUAUAAAAUGAGCUUUAUUUCCCCCGAGGAGAUGAUAAAUCAUUCUAUGCUGAAUCAUUUUAGCUCUCAAAUCAGCCUCCACAAAAGCAAAAAGCAAUGUACAUUUAUACAAGUAUUGGAUAUAUAGUGUAUACAUUGUAACUUUAUAUGUGCAGCUUUCAUUGAUCUAUUUGAGAACUCCACAAGUUAGUACUAGUAGGGUUGGUUUUAGUUUUCCGUUUUUCUCCUCUUUUAUCUUUUUUUUUAUUAUUCAUUCUUGGUAGGGUUCUUUUUCUUUUCUUUCCAGUAGAUAUUAGGUGGUUUUUUAGAAUAUUUAAUUUGAAGGGAGUUGCUAAUUUUUAGGAAAAUAUAUAGAGUAUAGAAUUUAACUGAUUUGGUUUGAAAAUAUAAUGAACUUUUAGUACUUUUGCUUAUUAUUUUUAUUCUCGAUACUCUUGGCUUGACGGUUCAGGAUUCAUAUAGUCGGCCUCAAUUUGCUUGGGAUUAAAUCGUAGUUGCUGUUGUUAAUUAGUUUGAGGCGUUUUAAUAUAUAGCGAAUUUGAAAAGUGGUGAAAAUGAGCUUGAGUAUGGCAGAGGAUGAAUCAACUUCAAAAAUCCAACUUCCUGCAGAUAUAGAUUGGGAAAUGCUUGACAAAUCCAAGUUUUUUUUCUUAGGUGCUGCGCUAUUUUCUGGUGUCUCGAGCACACUGUAUCCGAUUGUAGUGUUGAAAACGCGGCAGCAAGUUAUGACUAAGCAAAUACCAUGUCUAAAAAUGGCAGUAUCCAUGUUGAGGAGUGAAGGGUACAGAGGAUUUUACAGGGGAUUUGGUACUUCCCUCACGGGGACCAUUCCUGCACGCGUCCUUUACAUGGGCGCGCUUGAAAUGACCAAAAGUAAUGUUGGAACUGUUACUGCUAAGUUGGGAUUGGCCGAGGCAUCUUCCUCGGCCAUUGCCAAUGCGGCUGCUGGUCUUAGCGCUGCAUUGGCGGCCCAAUUGGUGUGGACCCCGGUUGAUGUUGUGAGCCAGAGAUUAAUGGUCCAACGAAGUGGAAAUUCUAGGUAUGGUGUUGUUGGAUUGAAGUAUUAUAAUGGUGGGAUCGACGCGUGUAGAAAGAUAAUUUGUAGUGAUGGUUUAAGGGGAUUGUAUAGAGGAUUUGGCAUUUCAAUACUGACUUAUGCACCUUCAAAUGCAGUUUGGUGGGGCUCAUACUCUAUUGCUCAAAGAGUGAUAUGGGGUUCAAUUGGCGGCUAUUUUUGCAAAAAAGACGAUGAGUGUAGUUAUAGGCAGCCAAAGGGGAAGGCAAUGUUGGCGGUUCAAGGGUUGAGUGCAGCAUUGGCUAGUGGAAUAUCUGCAUUAGUGACAAUGCCACUUGACACUGUCAAGACAAGAUUGCAAGUGUUAGAUGAUCAAGAAUGGUGUUGUAGGAGAAGACCAACAAUUAUACAGACAGUGAGGAAUUUAGUGAAGGAAGGUGGAUUAGGUGCAUGUUAUAGAGGAUUAGGUCCAAGAUGGGCAUCAAUGUCUAUGUCUGCAACAACUAUGAUCACUACUUAUGAGUUCCUCAAGAGGUUAUCUACCAAGAAUCAAGAGAGCUUUGUUUGAUGAAAUCUUGCAUACAAACAGCAAAGAAACUAAACAGGGAAAGGGGAGAAAAUGUUGUUCUAUAUGUUCAAUCCUUUUGCAGCUUUCUUUUUUCUUAUCUUUUGACUAAAUUGUAGUAUAACACAGUGUAGAUUUUGUAAAGAAAAAUGUAGGAAUAUUUAGUAAAUAUUAUUUUGUCUUUCAUGUUAUCUCUUGUCCUGCUCCUAUUCU